CUACUUUCAAUCCAUAAUAUGUGAUCAUGUCUGUAAUAUGUAAAGGAUUUCUGUUAUUAGUCUUAUUUACUACAAAACUAGAAGCUCUCGACUCCAAGUUUGCAUUUGCAUCUUACUAUGGCGAUCACAUGGUACUACAACGAGGGCCACAAAGAGCCAACGUAUGGGGAUAUGCCUCUGACAUAAAUGUCACAGUUACAGUCAGUAUUGAAGGUGUGGGACAAUACCAAACGUCUGUUGUUGAGGGUCCUUUCCUGGAUCGUGGUGUAUGGAGUAUUAAGCUUCCAGCAGUAUUCCAAGGUGGCCCUUAUGUGCUCACUGCGGAACUGGUCGACGGUAGUUCAAUCACAAUAAAAGAUAUAUUAUUUGGAGAUGUGUGGGUAUGCUCUGGUCAGAGUAAAAUGGAAUUUACAUUAAGAAACGAAUUCAAUGCAUCUUUAGAAUUUGCUGAAGCAAUCAACUACCAGAAUAUUAGAAUAUUCACCGUUAACCAUUCGGAGAGUGGAUAUCAACAGUUCGAGUUUUCAUCUGUUGAAGAAAGGUGGAGUCUACCAAAUAACAAAACAUUGGCAAAUACAGGUUCACCUUCACAAUGGUUUUAUUUUUCUGCCGUAUGUUGGCUAUAUGGUAAACAUCUUUACGAGAAGCUGGGCUAUCCUAUUGGGUUGAUUGAGUCAGCCUGGGGUGGUACUAUGGUAGAAUCCUGGUCAGAUGAUGAAUCAUUGGCUAAAUGUGGACUUAAACCCCCACCCAGAAAUCGCACCUACGUCGGAUUUCCUAAAUAUCCUGCUCUUUUAUGGAAUUCAAUGGUGCACCCAUUUGUUAAUUAUACCAUAUAUGGUGCUAUUUGGUAUCAAGGUGAAGCCAAUGCCGCACCGACAGGUACACCUGCCAUGAUGAACAGGUAUAACUGUACCUUCCCAGCAAUGAUUGAUGGCUGGAGACGUCAGUUCAAUGAAGGAUCAAAUGGUGAAACAAAUGCCAUAUUUCCUUUUGGAUUUGUCCAGCUGGCACCAUGGCGUAAUAACGCUACUAUUACAGUUGGUUUUCCUGAUAUUAGAUGGCAUCAAACAGCAGAUUAUGGAUAUGUUCCAAAUGAAAGAAUGAAGAAUGUAUUUAUGGCUGUAGCCCUAGAUCUACCUGAUUAUACUUCUCCCUUUACUGGAAUUCACCCAAGAGACAAAGAAGAUGUUGGCAAACGGCUUUCACUUGCGGGACUAGGGGUGGCAUAUAAUCACAUCGAUAAUCGUUAUACGGGCCCUUUUCCUACGAAAUUCGAGAUAUUUGUAGCCCAGAAUACCACUCAGAUAACUUAUGAUGACCAACAUUUGGAUAUCCGGUCAAAGGAUGGGUUUGAAGUAUGCUGUCUAGAUGAAUCACCCAGUCGUAUAAAGUGUGCUGACGAUAAUGCUAAGUGGUAUCCUGCACCAAUUAAUGCAAGUGAUAAUUCAUCUGUUACCAUCGGCUAUGGUGGUGUAUGUGGUGUAGCACUGGUCAGCUCGAUACGGUAUGCAUGGCGGGAAUCACCGUGUCCGUUUAAAGCUUGUGCUGUGUAUACCAAAUUGAAUGAUUUACCGGGUCCUCCAUUUAUUGAAGUCAUGCUGGAUCCCAGUGUAUUUGUUUACCACUGAAAUUACAAGUAAUAUUAAAACGAAA